AUGGCUCAGAUUUGGGAUGCCGCCAGUCAAGAACGAUUUUGCAUUAUUACGUCGACAUCCACACAAGUGCCAUUGGUGCUCUCACUGUCUAUGAUAUUAGCCGGAGAACUACCUUUGAUAGCAUCAGUAGAUGGCUCAAUGAACUCAAGACUCACUUGCUGCAAGUUAACGAACAAAAGUUCACUUGCUUACAAAAUUAUACAAAGAAAUGAUCAGAGUAAUUUUAUCAGCGUUGAUCUCACGGCGGCGGAGGAUGUUUUCAAGGGUGACGUUAAGGAUCCGGAGAGUGAUCCCGUCGUGCAAAUGGAACGGUGCCGUAAACCUAUAAUCGGUGCUAUUAAAGGAUUUGCAGUUACUGCUGGAUUCGAGAUUGCGCUUGCUUGUGAUAUUUUGGUUGCUGCUAAGGGAGCUAAAUUCAUGGACACACAUGCUAGAUUUGGGAUAUUCCCAUCGUGGGGUUUGUCUCAGAAGCUUUCACGCAUUGUAGGAGUAAAUAAAGCUCGGGAGGUUUCGCUUACAGCCACGCCUUUGACAGCAGAGGUAGCUGAAAAGUUGGGUUUGGUGAACCAUGUUGUUGAGGAGGGUGAAUUGAUGAAGAAAAGCAAAGAAAUUGCGGAAGCUAUUGUGAAAAAUAACCAAGACUUGGUGUUGAAGUACAAGUCAGUGAUAAAUGAUGGCAUUAAGCUUGAUCUUGGCCAUGCUCUUUCUCUUGAAAAGGUUAGUGCUAUAGCAUUUGUGUGUCUUAAAUUGUAUAAUAUGGAUUCUGUUAUGUUAUAUUAUGGUAUAGGUAUAGUUUGAUUCUUGUAGUCGUCCUUAAUGAAAUAGUAAGACUUGAUAGUUGUUGUUAUCUGGAUUCAAUUAUUAUGCAUAUCAAAACUUGCGGGUUGAGUGCCAAAGAAGUUUCAAUUGCGUGCCGCCAUUAAUCAUUCCAUGUCAAUUUUGUGAGCUUUAUAAUUGUACUUAGGCAUUAGGCAUUUGGCAUAUAUACAUUUGCAUGAGGACUAUAUAUAUGCAAGUGUUACUUAAGCAUAGUUGAAGUGGUUGAUCUAGGAUACUUACUGGAAGGAGGUUGAGAAUGAGACCCAAUGUUCGGGGGUCUUAUGUUUUUAGAGUCUUUGGUUAGUUAAAUACUUAAAUAUAAUUCAAUCUUGACAAAAUAAAUAGGGAUCCUAUUAAUUAUGAUUUAGCUAUGGCAGAUCUAUUACGAGCCUCUAUUUUUCCACAAUUUUAUACUAAAUCUAUUUGAGGCUCUAUUACGAGCCUCUAUUUUUCCACAAUUUUAUACUAAAUCUAUUUGAGGCUCUGUGCUAUAAAUAUAAUUCAUCUUGCACACCCUCAAACACGGCUCUCCCAAUGUUCCAACCUGACAACCUAUAUAACAUAUUAACAACUAAGAUUUGCUUGUAAAAAAACCUAGUUGAUAAAAAUGCAGGGAGCUUAGAACCAAAUCUCAGUAUCUAUAGUUCACUGUGUAUGUUGCAGUUGUAAUGACUCUAGUAACAAGACUUGUAAGCAUUGUUUUGCAUAUCUUCAUCCUUAAUUUUGCAUUUGAAUUUUGAAUUGAUGAGCAGUUCAAACCAUGUUUAUGUAAUUUUGAUGAGUUCUCUAUUUGUGUACGGAAUGCAGGAGAGGGGCCAU